UCUCUCUCUUGCCCCCUUGCCCUUCCGCCCGCCAGGGGGCGCCCGCCUCCUCCUGCCCCCGUCCUCCCGCCCGCCAGGGGGCGCCCGCUCCACUCCCUUCCCGUCGUGCCCCGCUCGGCCGAGGCGGGAACGCGGCUGCUUAAGAUGGCGGCGGCGCUGGCGGCGCGGAGCUGCCUCGAGCUGAGCGCGGCUGGCCGGGCCCCGCCGCGACCCCCGCAGGAGCUGCUCUUCGUGCCCCCCGGCAUCGCCCCGCUCCCCGCCGGGCGCUACAGUGACAGCGCCGGCGGCUUCUGCUAUCAAGAGAGCGCGCAGCUCGGGGCCGCCACCAGGAAUCGCUGGGUACGAUGGAGCACGUCGGGGGACACGGUGGAGCUGGUGGAGGAGUCCCUGGACGUGAACCUGCUGAACAACGCGGUGCGGCUGCGGAUCCAGGGCUGCCCGCUGCUGCCGGGCGGGGUGCACCUGUGCGAGGUGCAGAGUCACCUGGUGGUGCUGCUGCUCACAGCGCAGACCGUGCACCGGCUGCUGCUCCCGCACCCCGCCCGCCUCUACCGCAGCGAGCUGAUAACAGAGAGCCAGGUGCAGUCCGUGUUUACAGAUAUCAGCAAAAUCCACAUCAGGGAUCCCUCCAAUUACUAUGUGAUUCCCAGUGUGCCGGGGCUGGCUCCCAACUCUGUGGCCUCUGCAGCCUGGCUGAGCAGCGAGGGGGAGGCUCUCUUCGCCCUUCCCUCUGCCUCAGGAGGGAUCUUUGUCCUUAAGCUGCCUCCUCCUGAUGUUCCGGGGAGCGUUUCUGUCGUGGAGUUGAAGCAGAGCUCGGUGGUGCAGCGUUUCCUCACGGGCUGGAUGCCGACUGCCAUCAGAGGCGAUGGCGGCCCCUCGGAUGUGCCCGUCAGCCUCUCCGUGCACUGCCUGGAUCACGACGCCUUCCUCUUCGCCCUCUGCCAGGACCACAAGCUCCGGAUGUGGUCCUACAAGGAUCAGAUGUGCCUGAUGGUGGCGGAUCUGCUGGAGUUCAUGCCGGUCAGCAGGGACCUGCGGCUGGCGGCCGGCACCGGGCACCGCCUGCGCCUGGCCUUCUCCCAGUCCCUGGGGCUGUACCUGGGAGUCUACAUGCACGCUCCCAAGCGAGGGCAGUUUUGUGUCUUCCAGCUGGUGAGCACUGAGAGCAACCGCUACAGCCUUGACCACAUCUCCUCGCUGUUCUCCUCGCAGGAGACUCUGGUUGACUUCGCCUUAACCUCAGCCGAGAUCUGGGCCCUGUGGCACAACGAGGAGAACCAAACUGUUGUGAAAUACAUCAACUUUGAGCAGAAUGUUGCAGGCCAGUGGAACCAGGUGUUCGUGCAGCCGCUCCCUGAGGAGGAGGUGACAGUCCGACAGGAUCAGGACCCCAGGGAAAUUUACUUGGAAUAUCUCUUCAUGCCAGGCCGGUUCAGUAAUGCAGCUAUCCAGAAGGCUUUGCAGAUCUUUUCUCAAGGAACUGAGAGGCACAUGGAUCUGACAUGGCAUGAGUUAAGGAAAGAGGUCACCUUAGCUGUGGAAAACGAGUUCCAGGGCAGCGUGACGGAAUAUGAGUGCUCCCCAGAGGAGUUUUGGCAGCUGCAGGUGGAAUUCUGGUCUAAGUUCUAUGCCUGCUGCCUGCAGUACCAGGAAGCUCUCUCCCGGCCCCUGGCCUUGCACCUGAACCCCUACACCAGCAUGGUGUGCCUGCUAAAGAAGGGCUCCAUGUCCUUCCUCGUGCCCUGCUCCUUGGUUGAUCAUCUCUAUCUCCUCUCCAAUGAGCACCUCCUGACCGAGGAUGAUGCUGCCAUCUUUGAAGAUUUGGAGAUGUCUCGUGAUGUUGUCUGUCUUGUCCAGUGCCUUCGCCUGAUCGGAGAAUCAAUUUCCAUGGAAAUGGCAUUCAUCAUGGAAAUGGCUUGCUCCCGCCUCCAGCCUCCAGAAAAGGCUGCAGAGCAGAUCCUGGAGGACUUGAUAGCUAAUGACACGGAAAACGUGAUGGAGGAUAUCCACAGCAAACUGCAGGAGAUCAGGAACCCCAUCCACGCCAUCGGAUUGCUCAUCCGAGAGAUGGACUACGAGACAGAUGCUGACAUGGAAAGAGCUCCUCGCCUGGCGCUGCGCAUGAGCCUGGCGCAGCUCUUCGGCAGCGGCACCGCGGCGCACGUGGUGUGCGGAGGGGUGGCCAAGAUCUGCUCCGUGCGCUUCCUGCUCUGCCGGGACCUGCUCAUCCUGCAGCAGCUCCUGCUGCGCCUCGGAGAUCCCAUGGUUUUGGGAGGCGGACAGCUCUUCCAGUCCCAGCAGGACUUGCUGCACCGCACCUCUCCCCUGCUGCUGUCUUACUUCCUGAUCCGGUGGGCGAGCCAGUGCCUGGCCUCGGACGUCCCUGUGGACACGCUGGAAUCCAAUCUGCAGCAUCUCUCCGUGUUGGAGUUAGCAGACACCACGGCUCUGACACCACACAAACUGGUAUCCAGCCCUCAAACCAUCGUGGAGCUCUUCUUUCAGGAAGUGGCCAGAAAACACAUCAUAUCCCGACUCUUCCUGCAACCAAACACCUCUUUGGCUGAGACAAGUUUGAACUGGCCCCACCUUAUCACCUCAAUAGUGGCUGAUUUUCUGCCUCUCCUAUGGCCCAGCAAUCCCAGCUUCCUCUUCCCAGAGUGCCUGAUGGGAAGCUGUCAGUACACCCAGCUCCAGGAAUACAUCCGACUGCUGCAGCCAUGGUGCCACGUGAACAUGGGCUCCUGCUGCUUCAUGAUGGGCAGGUGCUACCUCGUCAUGGGUGAAGGGCACAAGGCUUUGGACUGCUUCUGCCAAGCUGCCUCCGAGGUGGGAAGAGAAGAGUUCCUGGACAGGCUGAUCCAGCCCGAGGAGGGUGAGGUGGUCUCCACACCACGCCUGCAGUACUACAACAAGGUCCUUCGCUUGUUGGAGAUGCUGGGGUUGCCGGAGCUGGUCAUCGAGCUGGCCACCCUGGCCAUCAUGGAAUCAGCAGAUGACUGGAGGAGCCAGGCUACUUUGAGGACCUGCAUCUUCAAACAUCACUUGGAUUUGGGGCACAAUAGCGAAGCCUAUGUGGCCUUAACACAAAACCCAGAUCCAAGCAGGCAGCUGGACUGCCUACGCCAGCUAGUGGUGGUUCUCUGCGAGCGCUCCCAGCUCCAGGACCUGGUGGAAUUCCCUUACGUGAACCUGCACAAUGAGGUCGUCGGGAUCAUCGAGUCCCACGCUCGGGCUGUGGAUCUGAUGACUCACAACUACUACGAGCUGCUCUACGCGUUCCACGUGUACCGGCACAACUACCGGAAAGCUGGAACGGUGAUGUUUGAGUACGGCAUGCGGCUGGGCAGGGAGGUGCGCACGCUGCGGGGGCUCCAGAAACAGGGGAAUUGUUUCCUGGCUGCCAUCAACUGCCUGCGGCUGAUCCGCCCAGAGUACGCCUGGAUAGUGCAGCCAGCCUCUGGAGCUGUGUAUGAGCGCCCGGGAGCAUCCCCGAAGAGGAGCCACGAUGGAGAGUGCAUGGCUGUUCCCACCACUCGGCAGAUCGAGAUCCUGGAGCUGGAGGAUUUGGAGAGGGAAUGUCUGCUGGCGCGGAUCCGGCUGACCCUGGUGGAACACGACGUGUCAGCAGCAGCAGUGGCAGGCAACUCCACACCCGAGGAAACGGUGUCUCUGCUGGUGCGGGCCGGGCUCUUCGACUCGGCUGUCACCCUGUGCCAAACCUUCAAGCUGCCCUUGACGCCCAUCUUUGAGGGCCUGACCUUCAAGUGCAUCAAGCUCCAGCUGGGAGGGGAAGCAGCACAGGCAAAAGCCUGGGACUGGCUGGCAGCCAACCAACUCUCGGCCCUGGUCACCACCAAGGAGUCCAGUGCCACAGAUGAAGCCUGGAGGCUGCUGUCAUCUUACUUGGAGCGUUACCCAUCCCAGAACAGCCUGUACCAUCGCUGCGUCAUCAACAAGCUCCUGGCACACGGGAUACCUCUGCCCAACUGGCUCAUUAACAGCUACAAGGAAGUGGACGCUGCUGAGCUGCUGCGCCUGUACCUGAACUACGAUCUGCUGGAGGAGGCCGUGGAUUUGGUCCUGGAGUACGUGGAUGCUGUGCUGGGCAAAGGGCACCAGUACUUUGGGAUCGAGGUCCCUCUGUCCCCAGCGUCCCCCACGAUGUGGCUCCCCUACACUGCCAUUGACCAGCUGCUGCAGGCGCUGCGGGAGAGCAGCGCCAGUGAGAACAGCGUCGUGCUCUAUGAGAAGCUGAACGACAAGAUGGAGGACUACCAGCAGAAGGUCAGCGUGGCCACCAUGGAGCGCCUGUACUGCCGGCCCUAGUGCUGGUGACAUCCCCAGGAGCGUCACCAUCCCACCCUGCGGUGCUGGUUUUACCCAUUUUUUUUCCAUGAGGAUCCGGUUCAGGGAGGUGGAGUGCUGAUGGGUGUCCCCUCACUGUCCCUUUUGCGGGCAGUGGGUGGGUAACAGAGCUGGGGUGUGGGGCCAUGACACCCCCUUGAUCUCUGCCUUCUCCACAUAUGGAACUGUUGGGAAUUUCUUUUAUUUAUUGGUAUGUUUUUGGAUCAACUUUAAUAAAAUGAAAGUGUUAUUUGA